AUGGUUUGCACAGAUCCAGUUAAAGCAGAGAUGUUACUCAAAUAUCAUUUGGAAAAGGAUGACUUUGUUAAAGCAUUUCGGAUAAUAACUGGGAAUGGCUCUUUAUUCGCACCAGUAUCAGCGUGGAAGCCACGUCGGAAAGUAAUGUUGUCGGCGCUACAUCCGAAAUAUGUUGCUAAUUUCUUUAACAUAUUUCUUAACCGGAGCCAGAAGCUGGUGGGGGAGAUCGCGCCCGCUGUCGAGAACAAAACUCCCUUUGAAAUGUGGCGUUAUCUGAACUCUUACAAUUUUGAAGUGACAUUAGAAAUCGGAAUGGGAGAAAAAGAACUCUCGCCGGAAGAUAAAGAAAUCGUUUUAACUUCGAUGACUCUGAUGAAAGAUUAUGUAACCAGACGGAUAUUCCAAUUCUGGCAGACACCAGAUAUUCUGUUUCGUUUCCAUCCAAACUACAAGAAAAUUAAAAGUUUAAAGAUAAUUGUGUUUUCUAUACUCGACAAGAUAAUAACAAAGAAAAGAAGCGAAGUGUUAGGUGUGACUCAAGACAAGUUACUUCAGAAUAAAUUAUCUAUAUUUGAUCUUUUCGUCGCGUUCUCGAGACGAGACGUUGAAUACACGGAGACGGAAAUGAGGGAAGAACUGGUAACACUGGUUUCAGCUGCUACAGAUACGUGCACGAACGUGCUUGAGUUCGUUUUAAUACUGUUAGCGAAAUAUCCAGUGGUGCAGGAGAAAGUGUACGAGGAAUUACGCGCCGAGUUCCAAGGACAUAACAUGUUACCCAGGACGCGGCAGGAUCUUACUAAGCUGAAAUAUUUGGAACGUGUCAUUAACGAAACGUUGAGGCUGUAUCCACCCGCACCUUUCGUUAUUCGAAGGACCAAAACUCGAACUACUUUCCCUAACGGGGUGAUUAUACCAGACGACGCCAGUAUUCUGAUCUCCCUCUGGGGUCUGCACCGGAACAAGCAUCACUGGGGACCAGACGCAGACUGUUUCGACCCAGACCGCUUUCUCCCAGACCGGUACAGCCGUGUUCCGCCGGGUUGUUUUAUACCAUUCCUGUCUGGAUCCAGAAAUUGUCCUGGCUUUUCCUUCGCUAUGAUGUCAGUAAAAACAGUAUUAUCAGUUCUACUCAAAACGUACCGGAUUAUACCUAAUCCUGAAGCUGGACCAAUACCUGAUAUAAGACUAAAGUAUGACAUUACAGUGGGAGCAGUUGAUGGUAAAGUGGCAUUCGAGAAGAGAUCAUAG